AUGGCUGGUAACAUCAUCCUCACCGGUGCAACAGGCGGUCUUGGCCGUGAAGUGCUCAAGAACAUACUUCUUCUGGUUCCGCACGAAAGACUGGUCGUCACCUCUCCUUCUCCCGCACGCGUGCACUCUACAUGGCCUGACCUAUCUGCGGAGAUUGAGGUUCGUGAAGGCGACUACACUAGGCCUGAUACCCUUCCAAGUGCCUUCAAAGGAGGCCAUACCCUUCUUCUCAUAUCCUACCCGUCUAUCGCGCAUGCAGAGCGGGUGAACGCUCAUAAAGCCGCGAUUGACGCAGCAACAACGGCGGGCAUCGAGCGCGUCGUUUACACCAGUCUCGCGUUCGGAGGGGAUAGCAAGGCAGCUGUCAUGCAGGCGCAUCUUGACACGGAGGCGUAUCUGAAAGCAAGCGGGUUGGAAUACACGAUUGUACGCGAGGGGAUCUACGCAGAGUCAUUCCCGCUUUACUUCGGGUUCUUCGACGCUGCUUUCGACUCAAACGUGUACGUGCCCGGGGAUGGGCCUAUUGCCUGGGCAACGCGUGCAGACCUCGGCGAGGCCACAGCACGCAUCGUCGCAGAUGGACUCUUCGCAAACGAGACCAUACUACUCUCUGGGCCAGCUAAGAACGUGCUGACGCUUGCACAAAUCGCCGAGCUUUGCUCCUCGAUACUCGCUCGACCGAUCAGCUUACACGUAGUCAGCGAGGACGAGUACGUCGCGCAGCAUGCCGAUGCCGCGGCUCUGCCACGCGGAGACCCGGAGUUUCUGAAGUUGUGGGCAACGAGCUAUGUAGCAAUGGGACGAGGGGAGACCGGAGUUGUUACUCCUCUACUGGAGAAGUUGUUGGGAAGACCAGCGAGGGCUAUGGUAGAUUGUUUGAAGGAACUAGUUGGCGGUGAACGGGAUGUCAUCGCGCAGUAUGCGAAGUAG